AACUUCACAGCACUAGGAGGGGUACUUCUCGAUCGGCUGACGGCAGCCUCUUGUGUGACGGGGAACUUUCGCCAACCACAGAACGGCCGCCGAAGACAUCAGACGUCGCCAUAGAGACUGGUCAUCAUCAUGGCGGACAGCAGCAAUAGUGCUGGCAGUACAGCGUCGGCCGCCCGGUAUGGCGGCCACGACAGGUUCACGUUGGAGCUCGAGUUUGUGCAAAUGCUCGGGAACCCACAAUAUCUCCAACAUCUCGCAGAUAAGAAGUUAUUGGAAAACGACGAAUUUGUUGCAUAUCUGGACUAUCUGCGGUACUUCAAGGACCCAAAGUACCUCCGUUUCUUGCAAUAUCCUGGACCAACUUUAAGAGCGCUCGAAUUACUCCAGGAAGAACAAUUUCGCAAGGAUAUUUUGAGUCCGGAAGUUAUGAGCAGAGUCUUCCAAGCCGGCUUGGACGCUAGCAAUUCGACGUGACAACCUCUUUUCAAUCAUCAUCAUCAUUCACGCGCUGGAAACCCGUGGCCUAGGCUAGCUAUUCAUCUACGUCUCUACCGAAAAUAUGUAGAAGUACUCUCACGUCCCGCCGGGAGCCACGAGUGUUGUGCGCCGUCAUGACCAUGUGGCCUCAUUCAGACGCCAGGCCCGUCAAACACACCUGAGCGACCGUACCUUAUACAUGUACCUACCGACGACAUGGCCCUCCCCGAACAAGGAGUUUCCCCAGACGCACCCGCGCGUCCGGCAAAAUUAGGAGAGAAUGGAACAUUGGCACAACCACAUCAGAUGAGAUAAUCUUGGAAAGGGAAAUCGAACAAGGAAUAUGCUACAAACUUGAUGGCCCAGGUUGGGCGAAAGGUUGGGCGAAAGGUUGGGCGACUUGCUGGGGCAUGAAACCAGCGACAGUUGGGGAGCUGACUGAGCACUACUACUGCGGUUAUACGUAACAUACGUUUUGCAAUGGCACCGAGGGCGCCCAGGACUCGACUCACUCGAGCAUACUAAAAAUUGUACCUAUCACUCGUAGGUAUAUAUACCUAUUAGGUAGUAUCACAUUCCAUGUUAGCAAUUCUAUAAGAGCC